CUCUCGCUCUCUCUUUAUUCCCUUUUUCUCUCUGUGGAUCUUCCUUGUUCCUUCUUCCUUCUUCAUCUCCCACCGACUUAUCUAUCUCGUAAUCCCAAAACUACCCUUUAAUCUUCUUUAUUAUUUACAAUCCUAGCCUCCAGCUAAGCUAUCAUGGUUUCCAAUUUCAAUCCGAGCUUUUAGUUUCAGCCUCCUCCUAUAAAAAAGAAAAACCCUUUCUUUCCAAUUCCUUUGUCUUUACCUGAAUCGUCUGCCGGUUCAACUCGGCCGAGUCAAAAACAAAUAAAUAAAUAAAUAAAAAUGCUGGAACGCUUUUUGGGACCAAGACGAGUCCGCCAGAUCCACCGCGCGGCUCGAAACGGCACCGUCACGUUCCUCUGCCUCUUCUUGACGGUCGUCGUCCUACGUGGCACUAUCGGAGCCGGUAAAUUCGGAACCCCGGAGCAAGACUUCAACGAGCUCCGCGACCACCUCUACUCUCGUGGGCGGCGCGUGGAGCCCCACCGCGUCCUCGAAGAAGCCCAACCCGAAACGGAAUCCGAUAGCCAGUCCAACAACUACGCCACUUUCGACAUCACCAAGAUCCUCCACGACGAUGAACCUGAAGAGAAACCCGACCCGAACAAGCCCUACUCUCUCGGCCCCAAAAUCUCCGAUUGGGACGAGCAAAGAUCCGAGUGGCUGAAAAACAACCCGCAAUUCCCCAACUUUAUCGGGCCGAAUAAACCCCGAGUCUUGCUCGUUACCGGUUCGUCCCCGAAACCUUGCGAAAACCCGGUCGGAGAUCACUACCUGUUGAAAGCGAUCAAGAACAAGAUCGAUUACUGUAGGUUGCACGGGAUCGAGGUCUUCUACAACAUGGCGCUUCUCGACGCUGAGAUGGCAGGGUUUUGGGCGAAGCUUCCAUUGAUUCGGAAACUUUUGCUUUCUCAUCCCGAAAUCGAGUUUCUAUGGUGGAUGGACAGUGAUGCGAUGUUUACAGACAUGGCUUUUGAGGUUCCAUGGGAGAGGUACAAAGAUCACAACUUUGUGUUGCACGGCUGGAACGAGAUGGUUUACGAUCAGAAAAACUGGAUCGGGUUGAAUACCGGUUCGUUUUUGUUGAGGAAUUCGCAAUGGGCUUUGGAUAUUCUUGAUGCUUGGGCUCCGAUGGGUCCGAAAGGAAAGGUCCGAGACGAAGCCGGUAAAAUCUUGACCCGAGAAUUGAAAGAUCGGCCGGUUUUCGAAGCUGAUGACCAGUCUGCAAUGGUGUAUUUGUUGAUGAAAGAAAGAGAGAAAUGGGGGAGCAAAGUGUACUUAGAAAGCGCGUAUUAUCUUCACGGUUAUUGGGGGAUUUUGGUGGAUAGGUAUGAGGAGAUGAUGGAGAAUUAUCAUCCUGGAUUGGGUGACCAUAGGUGGCCUUUGGUCACUCAUUUUGUGGGGUGUAAGCCUUGUGGGAAAUUUGGGGAUUAUCCAGUGGAGAGGUGUUUGAGACAAAUGGAUAGAGCUUACAAUUUUGGGGACAAUCAGAUUUUGCAAAUGUAUGGGUUUGAGCACAAGAAUUUGGGUAGUAGGAGAGUGAAGAGAGUGAGGAAUGAGACAAGCAAUCCACUUGAAGUGAAAGAUGAACUUGGUUUGCUUCACCCUGCAUUCAAGGCUGUUAAGGUAUCAACAUCUUCUUAAUGAUGAUGAUGAUGAUGAUGGAUGUGUUCUAAUUAGCUUCAAUUAUUUACUACGUUGUUGUUGAUACGAGUAAGCCAAUGUUGUAUGUUAAUUUCUGGAUAUUUAUUACUAUUUUUUUGUUUUUUUUGGAGUAAUCUUUUUUGUGGUUGUAGUGAAUUAAAACUCGAAAUUGUAUUGAUUUUUGGAAGAUAUCACAGUCUUGAUUAUGUA